UUUAAAAAUAAAUUUAAAUAAUGGACCAAGAUUUAUUGAGACCCUAAUAUGAGAGUGAAAAGAGAAAGCACAAAUUAAAGAGAUUGAUUUAAGCACCUAAUUCAUAUUUCAUGGAUGUCAAAUGUCCAUAGUGUUCAACUAAUAACACUGUAUUUUCCCAUGCUAGAGGAAUUGUCACAUGCAUCAAAUGCUCCAGUCAAUUGGGUAGAUCAACCGGAGGAAAAUUACAACUUGUUCUUGGAGCAAAAUACAAAACAAAAAAAUGAUAGUAUAUCACAGUAUAAUAAAUAACACAUCGCCACAUUUCAAUAUUCUCAC